CAUAUGUCCGAAUGUGUGCUGGACAUGGGUGGCAGCAACAUAGGCUACAAAAUUCUGCUAAAAGAGAGUCGAAAAGCGAGAUAAACCUGUUUCUUUUAGCUUAAUAAAGAACAUUGGAUAAUGCUGCAUUCAAUGGUCCAGGCUAUUGUUAGGUACUAUCGUGAACCGGCUCUGAAAAACUCAGGGGCAGGCGAUGGAGUGAAUCACACUAAACUUCUCAACCUAUAGGCAGAUGUUUCAAAAGGGAAUGGCUGCAAAAUCUUUUAUCUCGACACACUUUGAUGAAUCUUUAAGAACCAUCUGGCAAUGGUUGAUGACUUAAAAAUGAAGAAGCCAUUAGUUGUGGUGUCUGCUUUCCUCUUUGGUCAAGCAUUGUUGUUGACUUCUGAACAACUAGCAAAUGCAAGUGAAAUUACUAGCGGAGAUGCCGUCUACGUGAUUGGAGAGUUGUUCGAGUUACGAAUCCAUUUAUCUAAUCUGCUUUUACUUCUAGGUUUUCUUGGGGUCGGAACCUUCUUUGUAAUCCAUCAAGUACUUGUUCGUAGAGAACUUGACCUUUCUGCUAAAGAAUUGCAGGAACAAGUCAGAAGUGGAGAUGCCAGUGCAACUGAGCUUUUUGAGCUCGGUGCCGUUAUGUUGAGAAGGAAAUUUUAUCCGUCUGCCAAUAAAUUUUUGCUUCAGGCAAUAGAAAAAUGGGACGGAGAUGAUCAAGAUCUCGCCCAGGUUUACAAUGCUCUUGGUGUCAGCUAAGUUCGGGACGGGAAGCUUGAGAAAGGAAUCAAUCAAUUCAAAACUGCUGUGGAGCUUCAACCAGGAUAUGUCUCGGCUUGGAACAAUCUUGGCGAUGCGUACAAGAAGAAAAAGGACUAUAAGGCUGCAUUGAAAGCAUUUGAGGAAGUGUUGCUUUUCGAUCCUAAUAAUAAGAUAGCACGUCCGAGGCGAGUUGCCUUGAAGGAUCGUAUGGAAAUGUACAAAGGCGUUCCUAUCAAAUCAAAAGACAUAAUUUUGGACCGUGU